AUGGAAGGCGAUAAAGAAUUAGAAGAAGAAGAGUGUGUUUUAAUUGAUCUGGAUGGCGUUGCUGACAUCCACAUUCCUCCCAACGCGCCAUACGUUCUCUCUGGUCUGGAUACACUUAACCCAAUUCUGGUCAUCGAUAACAAAAUUAAGCUGAUAGGAGAAUAUGAAGAAACAAUUGGGACUUGCCUUGUUUUCAAUGAAACUGAUGCUGCUCCCGUGGUUCACGAAGAGACUGGGUCAUCUGAGGGCAACCUUUUCGCAGGAAAAUGCAUUGUAGACCCAAAAUCCCCUGGCAGGCAAGUCAAGCCAAUUGCACGUCUUCAUAAGGGUCUGGAUACACUCAACCCAAUUCUGGUUAUCGAUAACAAAAUUAAGCUGAUAGGAGAAUAUGAAGAAACAAUUGGGACUUGCCUUGUUUUCAAUGAAACUGAUGCUGCUCCCGUAGACUGGGUCAUCUGA